UCCUGGGAACCUGUUUUCUGAUAAAGCAUUUAUUUAUCGUUUUUCCUCGUAACUUUAUUUGGAAAAGUUUCUGUAAAAAUCACUUGGUCAUCUUCACUAAAUAUCGACACGUCCAUUCAUUCACAGACUACGACUCUAGAGUCGACAAUGUGACAGUUAUAAGGCUGUUUGAAAGGAUAACUGUGCUAUCUCUCAGACGUGUCAUGCAAUUUCACACCGUUAUAGCUCUAAUCAUUUGGUCUGCAGAAUUCGUGGAUACCAGGAAAAUCCGAGGAAUUUCUAUGUCAUAUAAAAGAUUUUACAGGGAGAGACAAUCGUUUCUCUGCAUCGAUGGCUCCAAAUUGAUCCCCUUUGACCAAGUUAAUGACGAUUACUGUGACUGCGCCGAUGGCUCUGAUGAACCAGGUACCGCAGCCUGUCCCACGGGCCGGUUCUACUGCGUUAAUCUGGGGUUCCGCCCACACUACGUCCCUGCGUCUCGCGUUAAUGAUGGUAUCUGUGACUGCUGUGAUGGGACAGAUGAAAACGAUGGUGAUAAACAGUGUGUGAACAUAUGCAGGAAUCUGGGGCAGAAAGAGAGGGAUGAGAUAGAGGAGAAAAUGAAAGCUUGGAAUGAGGGACUGCUGCUGAGGAGACAGCUUAUUGAGGAGGGAGCACAUGUGUGGCUGGAGAAACAGGCACAGCUUAGGGAUCUACAGAAGGUCUCUGAGGACUUGCAGAUCAAACUGGAGGCCCUCAGGAAGAGGAAGUCUGAUGCAGAACAGGUGGCGGCUAUGAGAACAGCAGAGGAUCAUGAGGGUCAGAGGAAUAAGAGGCCAACCCCAGAGUAUGACCAGCAGGACGUCAGAGUAAACGCUGACGGACCCGAGCACGGCGAUGCGGAAGGUCAAGAGGUCGGCCAGCCGUCCAAAGCAGAACUCUGGAUCAAAGGCAGCCGGGUGUCCUACGUCAGAUCCAGGGGAGACGAAGACCUGAGCAUCAAGGCUUCAGAAGAGGAGUUGAAGAAAGUGGAAGAAGCUUAUGAAACAGCUCAAAUGGAGAUCAGAGACAUGGAGGAGAUUCUGUCCAUAGACUACGGUCCUGACAGGGAGUUUGUUUUUCUGCUCAGCCGAUGUUUACAGACACAAGUUUACGAAUAUUUAUACACACUGUGUCCCUUCAACCAAAUCACACAGAAGACAAAAGCAGGAGCAGAAGUCCUGCUGGGGAAGUGGGCAGGGUGGGCGGAGUCUUCGGAGGGGCAGUACAGCCUGAUGAAGUAUGACAAUGGGGAGCCAUGUUGGCAAGGCCCCUCCCGCUCCACUAUGGUCACGUUGAUGUGUGGGAAAGAUACUGUCCUGAGGUCAGUGAAGGAGCCCACGAAAUGUCACUACACCAUGGAGCUGCUGACCCCUGUUGCGUGUCGCCCCAGCACUAAGACACUAGGCAUCCACAGUGAACUCUGACCUCUUGACCUUCUAAAAACUGUAAACAGCAGUGAAGUCCAGACACAAGACCUCAUCUUAAAGCAAUAGAACCUUUUCCUUCCAUUGCUGUUUUUGUUAUCUUGCCUUUUCUGUCUUUGUGUUCAAGGACACAUUUCGUCUUUUGUUUUGUUACUCUGUUAGAAAUGUUGUGCCACCGGCUGGUGUCUGUUCAGAACGUUAUGUGACGGCUUUUUUAGUUAGGCCAUUUAAACCUCUCAGUCUGUUUCAGUUACAGUUUUUGUUCUCUCUCUCUCUGACAUCUGUCCCUUCUAUUUUUGUAGAGAAAUGAA